GACUUAAUUGUAUAAUCGAUAUCGAUAUUGCAAAUUGUGACGAUUCACUAUUUGCACUAUCAGAUCACCUUGAUACAGUCUGAUAACAUGAUGACCUGUUGAGAAUUUCUGUAAACAAACUAAUUUACUAAAUUUAAGACGUCACUUAGCAAAGGCACUUGAUCAUCAAAUAUUUUCACAAAAAUGAAAGUAAUGCUUUAUUUGAUGUUUUUUAGUAUUCCAUUAGGGCUUACGACAAACCUUGGGCGCCUGAUACGACGUCUAGAUAUCCGACUCAGCCAACUGGUUCGAGACCGCUACGCCGGGUCGAUGACGUUCCUUACGAUGAUCAACAGGAUGAACGAGGCUCUGGCAGACCUGACAGAUCGUGUUGGAAAUCCUCGCUCUCACAAGGGCAUUUUGCGGCUGGGACAAGCUGUUAUCAGUAGUGGCACACCUCACUUUGUCAAGUACAACGUGACCAGGCAGGAGCUGCAGCGACGUUACGGAUGGACCCAAGAAGACCUGAAGAACUACUACGAACUCAUUAAUCGCACUGUGAGCUAUCGCAAGCACCUAGACAACAUCUGCCGCAAGGUGGCGCUGGAGUACAAAGUCUACCACUACUAUUACAGACCACAUGGUGCAGACCAGCGAGUGGUUAAAGGGAAGAAUCAACAGUUGGCUAAUACGUGACAAGCCAUAUGGUACUCAUCACUUCUAAAACUCUCACUUAAGUUAGUUGAUUCAUUUUCAUUAUCAGAAUUCAAGCAUUAAGUAUUUAUUAAACAAUCAUGAUUCAUUCAAAAUCAAACAUGUGUUAACUUGAAGAGUCAUCAUUAAGUAGUUUAGAUUUUAAUCAAUCAAUUAUGUGUUAUGAGGGUUUCUUGUAGUUACAUUAUAAUUCAUUAUUAGAUGAAGUGAAACAAUAUUUUUUUAAACAGCAUGACAAUAAUAACUGAGAAUUGAUAACAUUAGGUGGAAUUAAAUGACACGUACUCUCAGCUAAAGACAAACAACAGCCAGGACACAAUUUUCCAGAUCAUGACAAACACAAUUCCUGUUCCAACCAAGAAUCUUAUCAAGAGGUCAGCAAUUGUGAAUAGGUUUGAUAAAGUCAAGACAAAACAUCUGCUAAAUCUACAUCAUCAGUUGAGUUUGUUAUGGAAUAAGAUAGCUCAUGACGUCAUCAUCUGUGAUUUCAUUUCCAAUACUACUCUGCACAAAGCUCUUGGACCUUGAAAGUGUUUAUAAAAGACAAGUACCCGGUUCCACUUAGAUAUAUUUUUCUAUAAAAAAAAAUUUAAAAUACUAAUUUACGUUUUUUAACAUUAUUUGUAGUUGAAUAACAUGUUUAACACAUUAAAUGCUAUAGUAAAUCAGAAUUUAUGUGUUACAAGACACCACAACCCUAUUACAGAUGAUUUUCUGGCAUCAUAAAACACACACAGAAUGCAUCUAAUGCUUUAGAACUAAUUGUUUGCUGAUCUCAUAAGUGCUAAUCAAGAUUCAGAUAUAAUGCAAUUAUACAAGGCUUCCAGAUCUCUUAAUGAACCCAAGUAAAAGUUCAUAACAAUACAAAAUUCAAAAAGUAUUUUUGGUAUAUAAAUGUAAUAUUAAAGUUAUAGUAAGUAAAUUAAAGGCAAAAUAAGUAUUAUUUGAAUCUUAUUAAUCUUUUUUGUAUGAAAUCCAAUAACAACAUUUCUUUAUUUUAAUUGUGAUUUUCUUUAAUUUGUUUUUGUCAGAAAUAUUAAAUUAAGGGAGUUAUUUAUUACAAGCAAAAUGAACAAUGCUGGAAUAAAAUGUAUUGAAUCUGCAUGAUAGUUAGAAUGUUCAGUUCAAUUAAUAUUACAAUUCUGUUAAAUAAGAUGUUAGAUAUAAAAGUCAACUUCUACUUCAACACAUUAUUUAAUUAUGUCAUAUUUACCUCUUUCGACACAGCAAUGUCGAUUCUUCAAUUUACAGUAUGUCUUUGAUUUACUUUUAUGAAGUUACACAGUAAAAAUAACAGUUUGACAAAUAGAAACAUUACCUUAAUGUUUUAUAACUAUAAAUAAUAGAACUAUAUUUACAGAAGAUAUAAAUGCUCAGAGAUCUUGUAACAUGUACAGCAAAAGUUUAUUACUAAUUUACCCUGAAAUUAGAUUCUAAAAAAAUGCUUUCUCUGAACAUGACUUUUACUUAAAGUUUAUAUUAUAAACCAAGAAAAGUAUUAUAAACAUACAAGCUGAAGUAUUUGAUUAUUAUUAAAACAUUCCAAUUACCACAUACGGUACAAGACGCUCGGGUCUCAAAAUAAGCUAUUAUGCCAAAGUUAUAUCAAAACAUUUUUUUAACUAGCACUUUUAUGAAAUUUCAUAAAUCUGUUUUACAGACAGAACUUGUUAUUUAAGAAAAGCUGGUUGGUUCUAGACCACAUAACUAACAAUAAAAUUGUACUACUCAAAUUCUUUUAUCCGGUUUGUUAAUCAGUGCAUUAUACACACUUAAUGUAGAGCAAUCAAUCAGCAUCUUGCAUAGUCUGACUCAGCUAUCUCAGGGUUUUAUCCAUAUUUUAAAUCAUCAAGCUCACUAUCUGAGCUCAGUCAGAUAACUGAUGGUCUACUCUGGCCCAUAAAUUAUACACAUCUGGCAUGACUGAACACUUUGUUUUUCUUACACCAUGUUGUCAUGCAAAAAGAACAGUAUUCUGAAAAUAAUAUGCUUGAAAGGGUGAAUAAAUCAACUAUUCAUUAUAGAAUCGAAUAAUAUAUUCUGACAAAUACAUUAAUAAUGCUCUACGGCACCAGUCUUUCUCAUUACUUAAUUUUCUAGCCUUAAUAAAAUGAAUAUGUUAAUAAAAAUCUUAACAUAACAAAUUAUAAAUAUUUUUAAAUACACUGAAUGCUAUCCAAUAAGAAUUACACUCCCAUUUUACGCUACACACAGCUUUCAUACAGUUUAAACAUUACAUAAAAUAUCAACUUAAUCACUAGUUUGAUUAUACCUGAGUCUACAGUUCUGUUUUCCCCAUAAUGGUUUCACUUUAAAAAUAAAGAAAAGUUUACAUUCAUUUGAAAGAUCAGUCAUAAAUGAAAUAGUAAAAUCAGGGCUAAUGGUUGCUACAUUGGUGGAACUACAUAAGUAAACUGAAAUCAUGUUGGUUUUGUCUUAUUAUACUUAACAUCAAGAUAUUUUCUGUGCUGGAGUAGGGAAUCUUCUGGUAGCUUACUGAAAAAAUAUUUUUAACGAAAUGUGAUGUAAUAAUAGAUGUAUUUGAUUUAGCAUUAAUUUUUUUUUAAAUAAAGUUAAGUAAUAAGAAAUACAGGCCAGUCAAAACUAAUUUUGUACCUUAUAACAAACAAUAAAAUAAAAAUACUAUAUUAGUACAGUAAAUUAUAAAUUAAAGUAACACAGCUUAAAUAAUUAAGCUUAAAAGCAACAGCCUCAUCACAUAAACUGAUUUCAACAUAUAGAUAUGAGAUUUUAAUAUACCACUGAAAUAAAAAAAGGUAUAGCUAAAUAACUUAAGUCAGUGUGGAAGUACAAAUGUAACUACCUAAGCUGCCCAAAGAGUGACUGACAUUUAUUUGAAGUUUUAUUGUAUAACUAAAAAUAAAUAAAACACUAAUAAGCACAGCAAUAAGUUUACUAGGGUAAUAGCUAAAGCUUCGUUUGUGUGACGAUCUAGCACACAAUCUCAAUGAAUUGAAGAGAACAGCUGCAUCGAUUGACUGUCUCAAGUAAUAUUACAACAUAAUAAUAGAAUAUUUGUUGGUCUAAUCAAUGUAAUACGAUAAAGUAGGUUCAAAUUCAUGUUGGGUAUGACAUUAUUGGAUUGUUAACAGAUAAUUAUCUGAGCCUAGCCUAAAAGUUCUGAGCUACAGCCUCAGAUCAUGUACAGAAAAAUAAAAGAAGAUAAAGAAAUAUUAAACCUGUACCCUAAGUCAAUUCUGUAUUCUGUAGUGGUGAAAUUAAUUUGAUAUAGGAUGCAUGUCAACAGCUAGAAUAGUACAGAAGGUAUUCAAAUGUUUAUAUCAGCUUCUACAAAUCAAUUACAAUGCCAGCUGAUCUGUAACCGAUUAUGUAAAAAACGAGGACUCAGGUAUAUACAAACUAAAUCAGUUUCCAACCAAAACAAAAGAAUUAUAAUAAGCUCAGACAAAACUAGUGUUCAGUUUUAUCUUCUAAAACACUAACUAUAAAAACAGCUAUAACUCUUCAUUGAAUGAUACUGAGCAAUACUUUGUGUACAAAACUAUUUUGAAAAGAACAGAUCUGAUAAUUAUUUCUACUUUAAUCGACUCCCGACUAUACAGAGAUUGACCAUCCAGUUCACCGUAGCUGCUGUGUUCUUACAAACUUAAAAAUGUAGAGUAAAACCCACAUUUUGUCGUUCAGAACACGAGAAGUGAGAUGAAGAUCAGGUUUUAUUGAUAAAUGACAUGUCAUUACGGCAAUAACAGCUUAUUCUCAUUUCCAAAUAGAUUUACAUAGUGUAUAAUAUUUUUAACAAUAAAUUCCAUAACUUACUGGAAUAAUUUUAAGCUACUGAUAUAAUUUUAAUUAUGUUAUAGAGAUCUGGUUUGUGUCGACAUUAAAAAUUCAUUUAAACAUCAAAUUGUAGGCAUGAAACUGAGGUUGGUGAAGAUGGGAUCAAGGUGAUUUAAGACCAAGCUCAUAUACAACAAUAACACAACAUGACAUAUUUACAUAGCACAUCUGUUCAUCAUUAAUCAACAAUAUCCAUUAUAACAAACUAUUCAAAUCAGUCAGCUUAGGAGAAACUUCUUGUUGUAUUGUUUGACUUAUUGUAAAGACCCAAUUAAUUAAUAGUGUUCUUUUUUUGUUACAAAACUACUUCUGCUUGCUUGAUCAACACUAGAGAUAGCACUACCAUAUAUCUGCAGCUUUAUUCAAGGAAAUCUAACAACUACCAAUGCUGCCAAGUUUAAGACUUUAGGUAGCUCUACACAACUUAUCGUAAUUAUUGAUUGAUUUACAACAGUGGCUUGUACAAAAUUUGUAUCCAUUUUCAGUGAUCUCAACCAUGAUUUUAAGUUUACUGUGAUCACUGCCUCCUUAAUCAUCUCAUAAUCGGAAGUUGACUGUUUUCAAAACACUAUUUCAGUAAAGUAUAAACUUAAGUUGCAUUUGAAA